AUGGAUGCAGCUGUGGGCACUUCUCAGGUGGCAAGCACCUCUGGAGCCCUUUCUGAACUGCUGCUUCUAAAUUCAGCUCCCCAAGAUCCACAGCCCUGUUCAGGGAGGGUGGCUCUGACCUCUUCUCUUCUUUCCUUCGUUCCUCAGGGCCGAGGCCUGGAGGCAAGCAGGACUCACGCCGGCUCGCCUUCCAAUGGAGGCUUUCGUUUUGUCUCCCCGCUCUUCACAGGAACAGACCCCAGGGACUCCUAUGAAGUCAUCCCCAGCCAAUCUCAGCUCCUGCAUGAGAUAACCACUGUUAGCACAAUCCAGCUAAAAGCAGAGAAACCUGAUGUUUUAGACCCAAAUCCUUUCCACUGUAGUAUCCAGCUCCCCGAGGGGGCUCUUCCCAAGCCAGGCCUCCACGCAGCCCAGGCAGGCUUCUACCUGGCCCUGACCCUCGGGCUGGCCAAGCCGCUCGGAGCCCCUCACCGCCUGAGCUAG